GAAAAUUUAGUAUCAUUCAAUGCUUUUAAUCAACAAGUUAAUACUAAAAUAAUCGAAUUAUUUAAACUUAAAUUAUAUACGUCUUUUCUUCACACUGAAAAUGUAUAUAAAUACAUACAUCGCUUUUUUCUUCACGAAUUCAUCGUUACAGGAAUUCUAACCUAAAAGUAUGACACGCUCCCCUUACCGGAUUGUCGCAUUUUAAACAUUUUGUAGAAGCUAUUGCGGUGUGGUGAAAAGUGAAGUGCUUUGAUUAAUUUCAGUGAUUAAUUUGUCGUCUAAGAUGGCAAUUUAUUAAGAUAAAAAGUCGAUGCGCGUUUAAGAAACAAAUUAUCUUGACAUAUUCAUUUCGCAAAUUGCUUUGCAGAUGUUUGCAUAAGGAAUAUAUCGAUUUUAAUUACACAUAUUUUAUUUUAAAUUAUACAAAUCUUUAUUUCUUCGAGUUGAAUAUUUUAAAUCGAAACAGUGAACAUUUGACUUGAAACAGAAGUUAUCAGUUUGAACAAUGCUCGGUGGAAUAAUGACAGCAGUUUCUUUGAGACGAUGUUUCUAUUUAUCAGCAGUCGUUUUAAUUCUUUCGACAUUGAUGGCGGCAGUUAUAAUCGUGAAAUUAACUCCCCUGGAGUCAAUCAAGUGCCAGCCGCAUGCAGUGACUCCUGGGGUUGAAUGGAGCACCGUAAUAAAUCAACAGAUGGAUCCUUUAACGACCCCCAAGGCCAUCGAAACUCAGAAGGAAAUCAACGACAGAAAAUACAAAGAGAUGCGAGAGGAGAUCGUUCAAAAUAAAAUUGCGCGAAUGUCUCGCAAAAUGAGAAACAGAAUUCUGCCUCUCUUGAACAACUCAAUUGUUGUUGAGACUAAUUACAAUGUGCAGAUAUUUUAUUAUCCUUGGUUUCGAUCUAAGGAGUACGAUGGAUUUUGGAAACGCUGGAAUCAUGAUUAUUUGCCAAAUUGGAAGAAAAAUGACAAGAGGAUCUUUCCGGAAGGAAGUCAUGAUCCUCCGGCUGAUAUUGGUUCCAAUUAUUACCCAGAAAUAGGGUGUUACAGUUCUGUGGAUCCUAAGGUGAUUGAUCUACAUAUGAAGCAAUUAAAAGAUGCAGGUGUUGGAGUUUUAAUUGUUUCAUGGAGUCCACCUACCAUGGUAGAUAACACUGAUGUUGCAAUGCCCGAUUUAUUGGAUGCAGCUCACAGAUAUCAAUUGAAAAUUGCACCUCAUAUAGAGCCAUAUGAGGGAAGAAAUCCGAUUAAUUUAAUGGAUCACAUAAGAUAUUUGUUCACGCAAUAUGGAUCACAUCCUGCUCUCUACAGACUCAGGAGAGAAGACGAUGGAGCAAUUUUACCAGUUAUUUACAUUUACGAUUCGUACGUUUUCCCGUCCGAUGCUUGGUGGGAAUUAUUUUCCCCGCGUGGCAAUUUAACUCUCAGGGGAACCGAAAUGGAUGCAGUUUAUAUGGGACUAUUAGUGGAUUCCCAGCACAGGAGUCAUAUUAAAAAAUCACAUUUUGAUGGAUUUUACACCUACUUUGCUGUGAAUGGAUUCAGUUACGGAAGCUCAUGGAAAAAUUGGAAAGAUUUGAACAAAUUUGCGACCCAGAAUAAGCUGCUUUUUGUACCUAGUGUGGGGCCUGGAUAUAUCGACACGCAGAUUCGUCCUUGGAAUGCUGAAAGUACAAGGCAUCGUCGACACGGCCAGUAUUAUGAAGUCGCUUGGAGAACUUUUUUAAAUAGUGGAGCAACCAAAGUAUCCAUAACUUCCUUCAACGAAUGGAAUGAGGGAACUCAAAUCGAACCAGCGAAACCAGCGAGCAAUAAAGACUUUACGUACUUGGACUACGAACCCGAGGGUACGAAUUUUUAUUUGAAUUUGACUAAAUGGUGGGUUCAAAUUUUCACUGAAAAAUAUCAAACUCACUAAAUAUCUAUUAUUAAAACUCUUAUCCAGCUAUUACGCAUAUCUGUUUCAUAUAAAUGCAAAAAGUUUUAACUCUGAUACGAGGCUUUUCUCCAGAAUUCCAAUUUUUCGUUCUUUCACGAAAAUAUAGAAUUCUUGGAGAGAAACUUUUUUACCAGUUUUUAGUAUAGAAAGGAAAAGAGAAUUAAAGCACAAAGAUUUUACAAUGUGAUUUUUUCUAAAGCUGUUUAAAAACAACUGGACUGUGUUCUUAUAAUCACAAUUUUCUUGCGAUUAUUUUUACUGAAGGUGCUUUUGAAUUUUUAGAGUAUUUUUUCUUACUGCGUGAGAUAUUAUUUUGAAUUUUUUACCCGAUAUAUCGGGCGCAGCUCAAAGUUAUUUUAGUUUUAAGGAAUGACGGUAUGAUUCUACGAUUGUUUAUAGAGGGUGCCUACUCAGAUCCUGGAAAAAAAGAAAACCUGAAAAAAUUGAAUUUGAAUAACAAUUUAAACGAAUUUUUAUUUUAUAUUUUUGCACUUGAAAUUCAGUGCAAGUUUAGGUAAUAUUUAUGUUGGUACUAUAUUAAAUUCAAUUUAAAUCGCUUUAAAUUCCUAAUUUCUAAAGUAAAA